CCAGCUCAGUUAAUUAAGGUGCCAAGUGACAGUGUGUGUGCGCAUUAGAUCCGGGGUGACGAUAAUCCAUAUAGAUGACGUCCUCUCCACUUAGCCGCUCAUAUUUGCCGACGGCAUUGCCGUAGUUUCAUUAGGUUUGUUUGUCCUCUGAGGCUCUGCCGAAGGUUGGUGGCUUCCCUGUCGCUAUGUAUGAAUGGAUGACUUGACAAGCUUCGAGAAUGUUUCUUUGUUUUGUAUAAGCGACAUAUCACUUAUUGCUUCAUUCAUUUAUGGCGUCGUUGAAGUAAGGACAAUCGUGAUUGGAAUUGAAGCCGCCGUUGAGAAAUUUCAAGACUUGGAUUUUUAAAGCGAAACAAGUACCGAAUUACGGAUUACUCCAAUAUUUAUUUAUCGCGUGAACUAGGUAGCUUACGUCAUGGCCAAUCCUGGGAUGCUCUACGUUACCAUGCAGCCCAAGCCGGGACUGUCUAUACAUCAGUUUCACGAGUGGUACAACAACGAGCAUGGCCCGACGAGGCUCAGAUUGCCCCAGAUAUUCUCCAAUGGCCUCCGUUAUCGGGCGGCAGACGGAAAGGAGCCUGAGUUUCUAGCCGUCUACGACGUCGUGUCUAUGUCGCAGUUGGAGACUGAUACCUACACGUCUCUACGCGCAAACAGAUCACCUCGAGAGGCUGACACCAUUGGUCAGGUAGAUGUGAAGAGGUACUUUUGGGACCUCGUCUCUGUAACCCAGUCUCCGCUCUUCAUCCCAAUCGAGCAGUUAACAGACAAAGAAGCCGAGGGAAUACUCCUGCUCUCAUUGGAACUCGAGCUCAAGGACACGGCAGAUGCCGAGAUCCAAACCAAAAUGUGGUUCAAGGAGCAUGUAUCCUCGGUAUCGAAGUUGACUGGCUGGCUGCGAUCGAGGGUCCUUAGGACGUCUAGCUUGGAAUCUGGCUCACCAGUCUCCUUUAUUGCACUCCACGAGUUCUCUAAGGCAGGGCGCGCAGCCGCAACUCCUCUGCUUACAUCAGCACCUCUCGUAUGGAGCGAAAUCCAGGAGAACCAUGCUACUGUUAACUCACAGCGACUGUAUGAACUCUUCUAUGUCUUCGGACCGGCGCCGCGCGAUCUGUUCAACUUGUCACGACUCGAGCCCUCCACUCCCAAGUUCGUGUCUCCGGAUCAGAGGACGGUAACCUCACCUGCUACAACGACGAUUUUCUCCUAUGCGACAGCUCCAGAUGGGCUCAAGAUCCCUUACCAGCUCGAAGGCAACCCGGAUCCCAAAGCGCCAGUUAUUGCUUUCUGCAAUUCGCUACUCACCUCAUUCCACAUGUGGGAUCCCUUCAUCAACAUCCUCAAGACACAGAGGCCACAGUAUCGUAUUCUACGCUAUGACUUCCGCGGUCGACACACCAUACCUUCCCCACCUGCUCCAGCAACCUUAGAUACACUAGCAGAUGAUCUAAGUAGCCUCCUGGCUGCGCUGCGGAUACCCAAGCUAGACACUCUGAUCGGCGUAUCUAUGGGCGGAGCCACGACGCUGAAGUUCGCGCUGAAGUAUCCAGAAAAGCUAGUGCGAUUCAUCGCCUGCGACUUCAACGCAGCAUCUAGUCCCGCGAACACGGACGCGUGGAAGCAACGCAUCGCUAUCGCUGAAACGCCACUCGAGGAUGGCGCUCCAGGUAUCCAGAAACUAGCGACACAAACCGUCGAGCGAUGGUUCCACCCCGCUACGAUGGAGAAGCAGGAUACCGUGCGCUGGAUGGAGGAUAUGGUUGCCGGCAACGAUCUCCAGGGUUUCAGGUACGGAUGCCAGGCGCUGUGGGAUUACGAUAUGAAAGCCCAGAUGAAAGAGUGCCAGGUUCCCGCACUGCUGGUCGUUGGCGAGGGGGACGGAAAGGGGGCUCUAGUCAAGGCCAUGGAUAGCUUCAAGGGCCUUCUGGGAAAGGACGGCGCCGAGCUCGCUGUAGUACCCGAGGCUGGCCAUCUUCCCAUGUGCGAGAACCCAGGAGGCUUCUGGAAGGCUGUGGGGGUUGUCUUGUGAGGGUCUGGACUGCUCUAUAGCUGUCUCGGUAAUUGGUUUGUAACACAAUGCCAAGCUACCUACCUUACUGCCUUGAAGUGAUAGCUUU